CCAUUGCAGGGCCUCGGGGCAGGGGCGUGAGGAGCCGAUCCCUCCCCGCUCCCGCCGCCGCCCGGAAGGACGAGUGAGUGGGAGCGAGAGGAGGGCGGGGAGACGCGAGAUACUCAGUAUGCACUUCCAAGGAUAUUGGAUAUGUUUGGGUUUCUUGCUGUUCAUCUCAGUAAAUGCAGAAAUUCAGGAUGAAGAUGUUGAGUUACAGGAAUUAGACACAAAUUCAGAACAAACUGAAGCUGGUGAAGAUGAACCGUCUCUAGAGGUUAAAUACAAGACUCCACAGCCUAUAGGAGAAGUAUAUUUUACAGAAACUUUUGACAGUGGAAUAUUGUCUGGUUGGGUGUUGUCAAAAACAAAAAAAGAAGACACAGAUGACGACAUGUCUAAAUAUGAUGGCAGAUGGGAAAUAGAGGAGCUGAAAGAAAACAGAGUACUCGGUGACAGAGGAUUAGUUUUAAAGUCAAAAGCAAAGCAUCAUGCCAUAUCAACCAUGUUAACAAAACCGUUUAUUUUUGCUGAUAAACCUUUAAUAGUUCAAUAUGAAGUGAAUUUUCAAGAUGGUAUUGACUGUGGUGGUGCCUAUAUUAAGCUUCUUGAAAACACCGACAAUUUGAAUCUGGAACAAUUUUUUGAUAAAACAUCUUAUACCAUUAUGUUUGGACCAGAUAAAUGUGGAGAAGAUUAUAAACUUCAUUUUAUCUUCAGACAUAAGCAUCCCAAAACUGGAGUGUUUGAGGAGAAACAUGCCAAACGACCUGAUGUAGACCUAAAAAAAUUCUAUUCAGACAGGCGGACCCAUCUAUAUACUCUUGUUCUGAAACCAGAUAAUACCUAUGAAGUAUUAAUUGACCAAACGGUUGUUAGCAAAGGAAACCUACUAGAGGAUGUGGUUCCUCCCGUCAACCCUCCUAAGGAAAUUGAAGAUCCCGAGGAUAAGAAACCUGAUGACUGGGAUGAAAGAGCAAAGAUUCCCGAUUCUUCUGCUGUCAAACCAGACGAUUGGGAUGAUGAUGAACCUUCCAAAAUAGAAGAUCCUGAUGCUGUUAAACCAGAGGAAUGGCUUGAUGAUGAACCAAUGUACAUAUCAGAUCCCAGUGCUGAAAAACCUGAGGAUUGGGAUGAAGAAAUGGAUGGUGAAUGGGAAGCGCCGCAGAUUCCUAAUCCAAAGUGCGAAACUGUUCCAGGCUGCGGGGAAUGGACGCGCCCUCUAAUAGACAAUCCAAAUUUUAAAGGAAAAUGGACUCCUCCGAUGACAGAUAAUCCUAAUUAUCAGGGAAUAUGGAGUCCUCGAAAAAUUCCGAACCCCGAUUACUUUGAGGAUGAUCACCCAUUUCUUCUCACUUCUUUCGGUGCUCUUGGUUUAGAGCUAUGGUCUAUGACCUCCGAUAUUUACUUUGAUAACUUUAUCAUAUGCUCAGAAAAGGAAGUAGCCGAUCGUUGGGCCGCAGAUAGUUGGACCUUGAAGAACUUGGUAGCUAUUGCCAAUGAGCCUGGUGUGUUCAGCCAGAUGAUGACUGCUGCAGAAGAACGUCCGUGGCUGUGGAUUGUGUAUGUUUUGACUGCAGGGCUGCCUGUAGCGUUAAUUACAUUGUUUUGCUGGCCAAGAAAGAAAAAUGUGGAAGAGGCUGACUACAAAAAAACUGACAUACAGAAGCCACAGACGAAGGGAGCGCUGGAACAGGAAGUGAAAGAAGAGAAGGCACCUGUAGAGAAUACUUCAGAUGUGGAAGAGGAAAAGGAAAAUCAAGUUGACGGUGAAACUCCUGAAAAGGAAGAAGUCUCUGUUCCAGAGGAUGAAGUUGAAACCGAAGAAAAGAGUGAAGAAGAAAAUGGAACUCCAGAAGGACAAGAGGAAGGCAAUAAAUCAAACAAAUCUGGUUCUGAGGAUGAGAUGAAAGACGCUGACGAAGGCACGGGAUCAGGAGAUGGGCCAAUGAAGUCGGUUCGCAAAAGAAAAGUACGAAAGGACUGAACAGUCUCCAAGUAGUGUCCUUAGACUUCCCUUUGAGAGAUUAGAUUUUUCUUCUUGAGCAUCAGAGAGGCAGCCCGCAGGUGACAGACCUGCUUGAUUCUGAUCUUUCUUCACCUCCUGCUUCCUCUCCUAGCCUCUAAAUUCUCCCCAAAACUUUCCCGUGGUCUUCCUUUUGGAGGAAAAUGCUCUCUGUGACGUUAUCUGGUUUAUUGAAUUUAGAAUAAAAGGAAACAGCAAGUUGACUAUCAGAUUCGAGUGCUUUGAAGCAGAGACUUCUUAGUUUAGUUGUUUUGAUGUCAGUUUGGCUCUUUCAAACGGCCAGAGCAAGUGAAUUGGUAACGGACUCACUGUAGCUACUGCACAAGUCACAUGUUGGCAUUACUAGGUAAAAUAUGGUCAUGCUGUAGCUCACUUCUCUCAAUUGGAAUAGUUGCACCAGUGUACAGAGCUAAAUGCAAUAAAACCUUUAUAUGGUUGUGUGGUUCUAGCAACAAUUUCAAGUGUACUUGACCUACAUUUAUUUAGUGCCCAGUUGUUAUUAGAGAAUUGGUUGCAGUAACUUAUUUUGAAAGGUGCUCUGUUAGCAGACAGCUGGCCUUCGUGGAAUCACUGGUUACCUACUACUAGUCCAAGUGUAUUUUUCAUGUGAACGCAAAGAUGUUUAAUUUAUUGAACUAGAAUGGUGUACAAAUGAAUUUCUGACUUUUAUAGUUCUCCCAUUUUAGGCCACGAUGGCCUUGUUUACAAAAUAUUUGCUAUUGUACAUUGCUCUUGAAAAUAAAGCUCAAAUAUUUAAUAUA